GUCACCGAUGACAUAAACACCACCAGGAGCCUCCAGAACAGAGCCACCUGGGCCCCAUUCCCUUUCCACACAAGUUCCCACACCGGUCCGUGUGGGCUGGAAGACUCCAGCCCUGUGCAGUGCCUCUGAGCCUCCCCAAGAACCACCAAGACCCAGCAUCCCUGUGGCUGCAGCACCAUGUUCCUCUUUGCCCAAAAGCACAAGACUCCUGUCAGCACCUACACUGAUGCUUACCGGCCACCAUGCUCCAUGAAAAAGUCCAUCUAUGAGAAGGCUCCAAUGCAGCUAUGGAGAGAAAACAAAUUUGUGACCCAGGGAUUAACAAUGCCCCAGGAGCAAAACAUGUCUCACCAAGGUCAGCCUGAGAAGCUGAUUAAGGCUGUGAUGCAGGAGUAUUUGUACCGGAAUGCCAUUGACCCCACUGCUUACUGGCCCGAGAAGUAUUGGCUGACCAAACCUGAAGAGAAAUACUGCCCAGUUUUUGUCAAUGAGGACAAAUACAUCACCUGGCGAGCAGGUCCCUACAAUAGUGCAGCCUGGAACAAGUACAGCACCUACCUCCCCCUGCCACCCAAGGAGAAGAGAAUGGAGACUUUUCUUCAAAGCAUACCUGUGCCAUACCCCCCGAAACCCGCCUGCCUCAACCAAUAUGAGAGGGAGGUGGUUGGUGACAUGCUGCGCAGGCUGUCGCGGCUCUCACCACCAUCCCUGCAGCCUGUGUACACUAUGUCAGGGAGGAGACCCUUCCAGGGCUAUUACAGCCCAUGCUCUGGUCGCCACUACUGCCUGCGAGGGAUGGACUACUAUGUCGAUGGGGACCCUGCCAUCAGGAGGCAUCUCCAUGCGCUAGCAGAACGGACUGUAAGGAGCAUCCCAUGUUGCAAUUACAGCCCUAUGGUGACGUUCUGUGCACCUACACAUCACCCCCAGCCAUCAUACCCAUGUAUGAGCCCUAGAGGCAGUUUUUUCCCUAGAACAGAGCUCAGGGAAGCAGCCAAGGGAGAGAGGAGGCUGUUCUCCAGCUUAGUUGUCACUGUGUUACUGCACCAACUGCCUGUGAUCCAAAAUUAGGAGUUAGGCUUGCAGAAAAUGAUUGGCCUUGAAUUUCUGAGACCAGAAACUGAAAACAAACAAGAACAAACA